CUUCACCACUCCAACCAGUCCCAGUCCCCAUACGUCACUCGCCAGCUCUCUCUCUCUCCGCCGCCUAUUGCUCCUCCUCCGGAUCAAACACUCCACCUCAUCUCAACCUCUCCGUCAAACCCAUCUCGAGGGUCUAACUAAAAUGGAUGAUCACACUCACAUCGAAAAGUCACAACCUUUGAGCAGAAAGAGAUCGAGAAAACCCAAAAGGCUAGACUUUGUCGGGUGGGGCUCGAAGAAUCUGAUCCACUUUCUCGAGUCACUCGGUAGAGACACCACCGACAAAAUCUCCGAGUACGAUGCUACAUUCAUCGUGAGAAAGUACAUUCGUGAGGAGCUAACACAAUCUUCUAAGAAUAAGAAGAAGAAGAAGAAGACAAAGUUAGUAACUUGCGAUGUGAAGCUGCGUUUGCUUUUCGGGUGUCAGAAGAUAAACGUGGCGAAGCUGCCUGAUUUGGUAGCUAAGCAUUACGUUGAGAAUCAGGAGGAUGACGAAGAGUUUGAUUAUCUUUACAGCUCGGAGGAUGAUGAUGAUGAUGAUAAGGGGAGGUUGUGUUUAUCGGAUAAGGAGGUUGUGGAGAAGAAGCCUAGAGGGAGUGUUGCUGCUAUAGUGAGGGAUAACGUUAAGCUUGUGUAUUUGAGGAAGAGUUUGGUUGAGGAGCUAGCGAAGGCGUCUGAGACGUUUGAGGGUAAAGUUGUGGGAAGUUUCGUGAGGAUCAAGAAUCCUUGUCAGCUUGUUCACGUGACAGGUGUGAAGGAGGGGAAUCCAAUUGAUGGAUACUUUCUUCAGGUUACAAAUUAUUGUUAUUAUCUAAAGGAUGUUGCUUCCUCUGCACUAUCAGAUGAUGAUUUCACUCAGGAGGAAUGUGAAGAGUUGCAACAGAGAAUGAAGAAUGGCUCUGUGAAGAGACUUACAGUUGUGGAUAUGGAAGAAAAAGUUAGAAGUUUGCAUGAAGAUGUGACAAAACAUUGGAUUGCCAGAGAAAUUGAAAUGUUGCGAAGGAAAAUUAAUCAGGCCAGUGAAAAGGGAUGGAAAAGAGAACUAUCUCAGUAUCUGGAUAGAAGGGAGCUUCUUAACAAUCCGGAAGAACGGUCGAGGUUAUUGCUUGAAGUUCCGGAAGUUAUUUCUGAAGAACCUGAACGUGUAGAUGUUGAUGUGGACAUCGAGGAUGACUUCAUGGAACCAAACCCUGCGGCAUCCAUUGAGCCUCUUCAUGACGAAAAACAGGAACUAAAAGAUUCACUGGAAGCUGUUGCAGAAGAACUUGAACCUGAAUGUGUAGAUGAUGAUGUGAAGGUCAUUGAAGAAGAUAUGGUGGAGCAACCAUCAGACGUCAUCACCACACAGAACAACAAGGACUCUAUCUAUGACCAACCUCAAGCUCAACCAAACCCAACAGAGAUUAUUGAACUGAGCGAUGAUGAUGAUGAAGAGGAGGAGGAGGGCAAUGACAAAGGAGGUUACGAGAAGUAUGAUCCAAAGAAGAAGAUGUGGUGCUAUGAAAUGCCUAAAGGAGAAACGCAUGGACCAUUCUCCCUAGCAGAUCUCAAGGAGUGGAGCGACCAAGAAUACUUUGUUGACAUUCCAGAUUUCAAAGUCUGGAAGACAGGAAACAGCAUCGAGUCUGCAGUGCUCCUCACCAAACUCCUACCUCGUAUCAAAGCCUAAUCCCAACAAAAAACUUAUGUUUAUUGAAAACAUGUUCUCUUAAGUUGGGAGUAACUGAGAUUUAUUGAGAACUUAUGUGUUACAUGUUCAAAAUCUGAAGGUGGAAUAAAGAUUUAUUGAUAAGAGUAAC